AUGGUUCGCUACUACAAUCCCCAUGAAUCUGCGAUCAUCUCCUUAUUCCGAUGGAAAUUCACUCUCACGUCAUCGGUUUUUCAAAUGGGUGAAUUCUGGCUGUACAUGACCAUCGCCCUGGUCGUGAUGAUUCUCAUGGAUCUGAAUUUCGUUGACUUUCCCACAGGGGUGGUCAACCUGGACGUUUGGAAAUUGCUGAGCCCGCAGCUGUCUGUGACGAUCUUUGCAGUCGUGUUUUACAACAACCAAUGCUAUGGCCGCUAUAUGAGCCUCUAUAGCACCUGCGUGGACAUUGAUGUCAAUGAGAAGAACUUGGUGUCUGAACUCUUAGUUGAUUUUGGACAUGAUCCAGAUCUUCGUGGCAACGUCCGGCAGGCCUGCAAGUACAGUCUUGCUGCAAUCUUCUACUUCUACCUUAGUAUGGAGGAUCAAUCUCCGGGAAUGCGGACCAGCUGGCAGAUCAUCAGGGACAAAGGUCUUCUGACCGAGGCGGAGAUCCGGCGCGUCAGCGACUUCCCCGGCACCGUGUUCAUGCUGCUGCUACACUGGGCGAGCAUCGCAAUUAAAGAUAACAUCAAGAAGCUUCGCGGGAAGCAGGGGCAGUACACCCCACCGGAGCUGGCAGCGAUGAGUUCACGGCUCUUCGUCUUGGUGGACCGCAUUGGCGUCUCGUGCCUCACCGUGAGGAGCAUUCAGAACAUGCCGGUGCCCUUUGUUGAACAUUUUGAUUUCCCUGACGGUCUUGGCCACAGGAAUUGGCAGCCUCAUUCUGGUGGAACAGCAUGA